GUUGAAGCUAGCAGGCACUGCACCUUUCCCAUGAACCAUGGCCACUCGUACAAGCCUUGAUGAACGCUCUCAGCUAGAUGAAUGUUAAUUACAAUUUUCUUUGUCUAUCAGACGUUAAAUAAAUAUCCUACAACAUGAUUAAUAGGUAAAGCAGACGAUGUAAAUGGCCUGCUUUCUGUGAAGGGGCGUGUUCUUACUAUCUUGACUGAAAGCCCCGCUCUCUCCCUCUGUAUCAGCUAGCUUACUAUCUAGCAAGCCAACGGCGGUACAUUAUGUGGCUGAAAAUAGCCAGCUUAGCUUAGCCUGCUACUCAUUCUGUCAGAGAAACUACGGCAGAAAUCUGUUUAGAUUUGAACUGUGUUCUGUUCUGUUCGUGUAAGGGGAAUAUACUUGCCUUUAUGAGCCCAGGAAGACAUUUCCACGACUAUACCAUGAAAGACUGAGGACAUUUAAGGGGACAUUUUAUCGGCGAAUUUUUACCGGCUUUUUCGGAAAACCCUCUGCUAGUAGGUAGUAGCUAGCGGGCGCGAAAAAAGCAGCUCUGCAAAAGGCUCACGCUCGAUUUCUGGUGUUUCUGUUUUAAAGAUAAGGUCCAGGCUCAGCGUGGCUGCGUAAAGGUGUCCAUGAGAAAGCCACGCCGGAGAGGGGGCCUCCCCGGGGGUUUGGGCGCCAGGAAAAGCGAUGCUGCUACACCUCGAGGUGGUGGAGCUCGGGGGGUUGCACAGCCCCGCUCGCCCUCCCCCUACAGACUCAAAGUCUCCCCGACACGAGAGACCCUGACCUACGCCCAAGCCCAGAAAAUGGUGGAGGUGGAUCUAGAUGGCCGGCUGCACCGCAUCAGCAUCUUUGACCCGUUGGCCAUUAUCACUGAAGACGAAAUGAUGGCACAGGACAUGGCUGAGUGCAACAGCAACAAAGAGAACAGUGAGCAGACAUCUGCAACCAUUGUGGCUAGUCCAAGCCGCAGGUCUGCAAGCCAGAAGGGCAGAAAGAAGGACUCCAAAAAUGCAUCUUCUUCCUCUCAGAACUCACACAGACAUCAUCACACGCAGCAUAACUCAGCCCAGCAGCACAAUAACACCUGCUCAGCCUUACCCGAGCCCACGUUUAGGGUUCUGGAGUCAUUUGAGCCCAUUGAUGCUCCACCUCUCCCCACCGCCUAUUAUCGUUACAUAGAGAAGUCACCGGAGGAGCUGGAGGCCGAGGCUGAGUACGACAUGGAUGAGGAGGACGCAGCCUGGCUAGAGGUGGUGAACGAGAAACGGGCAUCUGAAGGCCAGACAGCUGUAUCGGCGGACAUCUUUGAACUCCUGAUGGACCGGCUAGAGAAGGAGUCAUUCCUGGAGUCGAGAAUCCCUCAGAGUGCCGUGGAUGAGGACGCCUUCUGCUGUGUGUGCCUGGAUGACGAGUGCCUCAACAGCAACGUGAUCCUGUUCUGCGACGUGUGCAACCUGGCUGUGCAUCAGGAGUGCUACGGUGUGCCGUACGUGCCCGAGGGCCCUUGGCUUUGCCGCCGUUGCCUUCAGUCUCCCUCUCGGCCUGUGGACUGUGCAUUGUGCCCGAAUAGAGGCGGCGCAUUCAAGCAGACGAGUGACGGACGCUGGGCACAUGUGGUGUGUGCCAUCUGGAUUCCCGAGGUGUGCUUUGCAAACACGGUAUUUCUCGAGCCCAUUGAGGGUGUAAACAACAUCCCGGCAGCUCGCUGGAGAUUGACGUGCUACCUGUGCAAGCAGAAGGGCCGUGGCGCCUCUAUCCAAUGCCACCGAGCCAACUGCUACACGGCAUUCCACGUCACUUGUGCCCAGAGGGCUGGACUCUUCAUGAAAAUCGAGCCGGUACGAGAAACCACAGCCAACGGUACAACGUUCUCUGUGAAGAAGACAGCAUUCUGCGAGGCGCACUCACCUCCUGAGAAGGAGGGGUCAGAUGACGAAGAGAAUGGAGGGAGGGUGCUGGGCUGCCGGGCCAGUCGAGGAAUGAGUGCCUAUGCGCAGAGUCCCCAGCUGAUAAAGUCUUCACAAAGCAAUAAGAAGGGGGUCAAUAAGAAAAAGAAGAAGGGGAAGAAAAGUCCAGAAGUAACAUCCAAAAAAGCAUCAACACCACUGGUCACCGUGCCCCAGAUUCCCCCACACAGGUUAAACAAAGUUUUUAAAGGUAUUAUUAUUCAAAAGAAGAAUUAUUUUAUGCAGAGGUUGCACAAUUAUUGGUUACUGAAGCGUCAGUCACGUAAUGGAGUACCUCUCAUUCGGCGGUUACACUCGCAUCUGCAGGCCCAGAGGAGUGCGGAUCAGACCGAACCAGAUGAGAAGGUCAGCGCUGUGCGAGAAGAGCUCAAAUACUGGCAGAAGUUACGUCAUGAUUUGGAGAGGGCGCGGCUCCUAGUGGAGCUCAUCCGGAAGAGAGAGAAACUAAAGAGGGAGCAGGUGAAGGUGCACCAGGCUGUGAUGGAGAUGCAGCUGACUCCUGCUCUCAUGCUGCAGCGCUCCACCUUGGACCAGCUGCAGGAGAAAGAUGUAGCACGUAUCUUUGCAGAGCCGGUCAACCUUAAAGAGGUACCAGAUUACCUGGAGUUUGUCUCUCAGCCCAUGGACUUCUCCACCAUGAGGUCCAAGCUGGAGGCUCACCAGUACCGUACGCUUUCUGACCUGGAGACUGACUUCAACCUCAUGAUCUCCAACUGUCUGCUCUAUAACGCUAAGGACACUGUGUUUUACAAAGCAGCGGUGCGCCUGCGGGAGUUAGGGGGUGCGAUCCUGCGCCACGCACAGAGGCAGGCUCACAACACAGGGCUGGACCCUCACACGGGCAUGCACCUGCCAGAGUCACCACACAAAAACGACUACUACCGCUGCACGCUGGAGGACGUGGACACCCUGCUAGACCCAGAGAACCGGCUGCACAUGACGGUGGAGGACCAACUGAAGGAGCUGCUGGAUAAGCUGGACGUGGUGACGUCAAUGCGCUCAAGUGGGGCCCGUACACGUCGCAUUCGGCUGCUACGCAAAGAGAUCAACAAUGUCCGCUACCGCCGUAACUCUCACCUGUCUAACGGAGACGCCAAAGAGGAAGAGCAGGAUGACGACGAAGAUGAUGAGGACAAAGACAUGGACGCUGAGAACAACCUGUCUUCAUCCUCAGACAAAGAUGAUUGUAAAUCCACACCCCCUCCCACCCUUGAGCCCUCUGGUCUGGCCUUAUCCCCUCCUCCUGGAGAGACCCCACUGGAUCCCCCCACUCUCCGGCCAAUGACUGAUCCUAAAACCAUGUCCCCUCCUGAACCCCUCAAACCAAGCACUGAGAGUCCAGAUGCAGAUUCAGAGGUCGAUGGGGCCUCUCAAAACUCAAGGGUGCGAGAGGCCCCACCUGUGUUGUCGCCCAGCGAGGGGAAGCUGCUCAAUGGCGUGUCAAACACUGAAUCUCCUACACGGCCUGUUUCAGGAGGAGUGGGUCGCCGCACCUCCAUCCUGUUCAGAAAAGCGAAAAAUGGCGCCAAGCUGCAUCGUGACAAAGACAAUCAGCUGCAGAAUGGUGAGAGUAGAACACCGCAGCACCCUACCGCUCCAACUACCACUACUACCCCUCUAACCACAGAGGCAACGGUUCCACCCAUUCUCACCCCGGCCAAUCAGAGAGCUCGCAGCCGCAGUGCUAGUCCUGAGGAGCAACGGGAGAAGACCCCACCUCGCUCUAUAGAAACCGCUCUCACAAACGGAUUCAAAAAGCACAAAGAUGGUGGUUCAGACUCUGACAGCAGUUCUUCACCCAUACUCAAAAAGGAAAUUACAUUGCCACCAAAAAAAAGUCGAGGAAAACCUGCUUUGUCUAAAGUACCAUUCCUAGAGACUGUUAAUGGAGAUUCGGACUACACUGGACCAGUGGAUAUGCUGUCUAUAGAAAGUGAUGCAGAACCCGAGCCUCUGGACCUUGUGUGGGCCAAGUGCAGAGGAUAUCCGUCCUACCCUGCUCUGAUCAUAGAUCCGGACAUGCCAGAGGAGGGUGUGUUGCAUAAUGGCGUGCCCAUCCCUGUGCCACCUGCGGAUGUGCUGCGGCUCGGAGAGCAGAGACAGGAGGAGGCUGGAGAGAAACUCUACCUUGUUCUCUUCUUUGAUAACAAGCGCACCUGGCAGUGGUUACCUCGGGAGAAGCUGCUGCCGCUUGGAGUAGAUGACACGGCGGACAAACUGCGUCUGAUGGAGGGCCGAAAGACGAGCAUCCGCAAAUCCGUGCAGGUGGCCUAUGACCGAGCCAUGAUCCACCUGAGCCGAGUGCGCAGUGACCACGGCUUCAUCGCUUCCAGCUACCUGUAGACAGGAUUCCUACUGCGCAUCACUACCUGAGCUCAUCACUACCGCUCAAACAGCAUACGCACAGACGGCUGCUUGCCAAUCCUCUCACUCUACUAGUCUCGUAGAGUAAUAUUGAGAGGUGAAGUUGCUUGAAUGCAAGUUCAGUGCAUUUCUUUCCAGUGUCAAGAAGGAGUUGCAGCCAUGCUUUGUUUUUUUUCUUAUUCCUCUUACGGUCUGGGUGGGUUAGAGAAAAGAUUUUUAAUGAACGUAACUGUGAGUGUUUUUUUUUUAAAUACUAGUGUCACUUUAAAUCCCGUGGUUUUGAGUGUGGACCGUCUGAAGGCUGGAUAUAGACAUCUAACGGUAUCUGUUCUCUGACAACGAUUCGCUUAAUACAAAGGAGUGAAUGAAUCAGCUGGCAAGUGUGUGCGAACGUGUGAAUGAAUCACUGCCAUUUUUCUUACGAUAGCUUUUUACUUUUUAACGUUUUACAAACCACUUCUUGUAUAUUGUUAAGACACUCGUGUAUAUAACUACUUUUUUAUCAUAUGAUAUUUAAUUUGGAUCUUGUGUAUGAAAUCAAUCGCCUGGAUGUAUGAAGAAAUUAGAUCUCUUCUGUACAUAUUUGUUUAAAAAAGAAAAAAGAAAAAAAGAUCAGAUCACUGGCUUGCUGCAAAAGUGUAUCCUGCUUGUCCUCGACUGUGUGCGUACAUUCAGUUGCAAGAAAAAUAUAUACUUACAGUUUAUGUCUGAUUUGCAGCCAGUUGUCUGUGGUUAAAUAUUAUCACUUUUUGAUACACAGAAAUGUAAUUUAUUUAUGGAACACAAAGAAAGAGAGAGAGAGAAAGAGAGAGAAUUAAAUUAUAUAUUGGUUGAAGAUUCAAAUCAAAGCUUAUUUAAGGUAAACUAUUGAAAUGGGUUUUAAAAGAAGAUGGGCUUUGUGACCUUGAGUUAGUUAUGUUAAGCUUUUAAAAUGUAUGUGCUGUAAGGAAGAUGUUCACAAACUGUUAGACAGUAAAAAUUCCUUUUUUGCACCACGAAGCACAGAGCCUGUAUUUAUUAUAGAACGUUGUUGAGCUUGUACCUGUUUAUAAGAUGUUGAGAAGUUUUACGCUUGUAUAAACUGCAGAUUUUACCUACUCGCCAAAUAUCCUGUCUGAAACAGUAUUUUCUCAUGUCGGGGAAAUAAAUGUUCUAUUGAAACUCUUAA